CAUACGGUCUUCCACCGGUUAUCAUAUUUUUUUACGCCCAUCGGCUCCUUUACGUCGCCUACAUGCUUCAGAGACAACAAACGUAGCGUACAGAUUGAGGGGCAACAUGACUCUGACCAGAGGCUCCUUCACCUAUGCCACUGGAGAGGAGUACCAUGGCGAAUGGAAAGAAGGUCGGAGGCAUGGCAUCGGCCAACUCAAGUUCCAGGAUGGAACCUGUUUCUCAGGGCAGUUUGAAGAUGGACUUUUUCAUGGCGCUGGAGUUUUGCUCUUUACGGACGGGUCCAGGUACGAGGGAGAGUUCGCGCAUGGGAAGUUUCAAGGCCUGGGAAUCUUCAGUCGUUUCGACGGCAUGAAGUUCGAGGGAGAAUUCAAAGACGGACGCGUGGAAGGAUACGGACUGUUGACGUUCCCGCACGGAACGCAUGGCAUUCCCAGGAACGAGGGCUUGUUUCAGAACCACAAACUCCAAAGGCGAGAGAAAUGUCCAGGCGUGGUGCAGAGGGCGCAGGUGUCGGCCACCAACGCUCGCAGUGUUGCUCUUUAACUCGCUGAUCUCGACAUCUUGUCAUGGAUUUUGCUUGUUCUGCAGUGCCUCAGGGAGGUGUACUCCUACCCCUAAUGCUCUUUUCCCUUCAUGUCAUUGUCACUUCAUCUGCACUAUGGAUUUUGGGAAAACCCAAAACCACACUUGUAACAUCCUCAUUUUCUCAACUUUAGAGUCACAUACUCAUGAACAGUGUCUAAGUGCGAUAACAAAAGACUGAGGAGGGGAAUAUGGGGAACAUAUUUUAUACAUUAGCCAACUAGGCCCACGGUAUAAAGGACCAGUUGGGCCACGCUGAAAAUAACAACACAGAUGAAAAUGAUAGAAAUGCCAGGAAAGCACAAGUUUCCAAUCGAGACUGUAAUAUAGUGGUACCUCGACAUACGAUCCUUCCAACAUCCGAUGUAAAAUUUGACUCGUAAUUUGUCUCGACAUAUGACGACAUGCUCGAAAUGAAACAGCGUUGCAAUGGUGUACCGCACGCAUGCUAUUUUUAGACCGUGACGUCGCAUCGUAAAGCGGAAGUAAAGCCGAUGUGGGACAUUAUAGACCCGCCCUCGCAUAGAAAUAAAGUAAUUUGUGCCACUUUUCGCCGGUAAUCUUUCAAAACCGAACAUGCCGAUCACGCAUUGUGUUUUUGGAACUUUUAGUAACGACUCUAGACAUUACGACACAUGAAGGAUGUUUUCUUCAUACGUUUCUGGAAACCAAAAACUUGGGAGGAAAAAAUGUGAAGACCGAAUCAACUUGCGCGGACUUUAACACCAGCUCGGUGAAUCCAUUCAUAUUUCAUAUGCAGUAAACAUUUUGUUGGGUUGGCAUGGUCUUUCAGAGGACUAAGAAGUAAGCCAUUUUUAUAUUUUUAACUUAUUUUUGUAGCGUAACGUUGUACCGUACUGCUUCUGUCUGACAAUGAAUGACCUGAAAAGAAUUACAAUGGUAUCUGACUGCCACUGUUACCGUUUCUGUAUCAAAAACAACUUUAGUAAGGGGGAGCUGUAAAUAAAUUAUAGAAUUAAGAUUUGUUAUCAAUGAAAAAAGUGUUCGUUGGCUGUCACUGAGUGGCAUUUGCGAUCGCUACACAAAGCUAACUAAAUUACCCCCAAGAACGGUCAGAGACGUAGGACAACCAGAGGAUAUAUAAGAAACACAGGGCUGAUGGUAAGAGGAUAGCUUGUUGAAACAGGAGAAUGUCAUUGUCAGUCGCGUCGAUAAAAAAGCUAAGGCUAUGCUUAGGUCUGCUCGUUUUUGUCAUCUUUUUCAGCCUUCGACACGCAAGCCAUCUCUUUAACUGAACAUUUUUCUAUUCUUCCACAUCUUUGCCAGUCAAUUUGGCACCAGGCACAUCAUUUUUGGAGAGAAUUGGUAGGUUUAGCUCUGUAAACAUCUCCUUCGUACACGAUAUCCAUUCAUUUCCUAUUAGGGACAAACCGUAGCUUGUCCCUACUUAGCAAGAGUAGCUAAUGUCAUGAAUAUUAAUGAGCGGAAGUGACGUGUUGCUUGCGGUACGCCAUUGCAUUGUUUUUCCACAAUAUGGAGACACGGCGGAUUUUCUUGUGAGCGAAAUCAACAUGGUCCUAAGAUGGUUAGUGCAGGAACAAGAUCAAGCAGCCGUGUGCAAGCGACCGAAAUGGGUUUUCUCAGGCGGAUAGCUGGCUUCUCACAUAGGCUACAGUGUAUUACAAAAGUGAGUACACCCAUCGCAUUUCUGCAGAUAUUUAAGUAUAUCUUUUCAUGGGACAACACUGACAAAAUGACACUUUGACACAAAAUUAGUCUGUGCAGUGUAUAUAAUAGAGUUAAUUUACCGUAUCGGCCCUGAUUAUAAGACGACCCCCUUUUUCAAUACUCAAGUUUGAAAAAAGACUUUUGAACCCCAAAUUAAUUUUUAUACAGAAAAUAAUUACAGUACAUCCGAAACAAAUGAUUAUAACAAUAUAUUUGAGAGAAAAAGCAUGUUAUUUUGCCUCAUUCAAAUCUUAAUAUCUGAACAUUUAAAUACAGUAUGUAAAGUGCAAUCACAUUCGUAAAUGAAUGGCUUCUGAUUUUUGAAAUGUAAAUAAACCAAUCUAUUGCGAUAAAACAACAAAAUUGCAAUAACUGCAUUAACAUUAUUAUAUUAUUCCGAUUUGUAUCUAUAUAUAUUAUAUUUGUAUUUAUAAAUUAUUAUUAUUAUUAUUAUGGGACAAUCCCACUCAACUUACAAACCAGGUCCUCGAACGAAAUUAAAUUCGUAUGUAGCGGUACCACUGUAUUACAAAAUUAAGAACAUAAUACACUAAAACAAAAAGUCAAAAGUUUUGAGGAACGUGAAAAUGUUUUAUAACAAUAAAUUAACUGAAUUCGGAGAGUUAUUAUAUCGACAAAAAAGAAAAAAAAAAAAAAAUCUGAGUAAUCCCAGAGUAAUUCUCCAAAUAAAUUUUCCAAGGGGGAAAAAAAACAUUUACUGUAAAAUAUUUUUCAAAUUUUUAUAGUGUUUUUUUCUAUAAACUGAAAAAAGUCAUAGCGUCAUUUGAAAACUUGUAUGACUACAAAAAAAGCUUAAAUUUAAGAAAAAAAGUUGCAACUGAUGUUAAAGUGGUAUGAAAACGUAUUAAACGUUCUACUAAAAAGUAUCUGAACCUUUUGGAAUUCCUCACAUUUCUGCAUAAAAUCACCAUCAAAUGUGAUUUGAUCUUUGUCAAGACCACACAGAUGAAAAAACAGUGUCUGCUUUAACUAAAAGCACCCAAACAUUUAUAGGUUUUCAUAUUUUAUUGAGGAUAGCAUGCAAACAAUAACAGAAGAGGGAAAAAUAAUAAAUGAACCCUCUUCUUAAGGAGACUUAAAGAGCAAUUCAAACCAAUUUUUACCAAACAACAAAUUUAAGUCAGGUGUGUGCCCAAUCACUGAUGAGUGGUUUAAAGCGGCCCUGCCCGCUAUAAAACACACACCUGGUAAGAAUUGUCUCGAUGAGAAGCAUUGUCUAAUAUGCAUCAUUGCUCGUUCAAAAGAGCUGUCUGAAGACCUGCGAUCAAGGAUGGUUGAUUUGUAUAAAGCAGGGAAAGGAUACAAAACCAUUUCUAAAAGUCUGGAUGUUCAUCAAUCAACAGAGUAGUAGUCUACAAAUGGAGAGACUUUGGCAGUGUUGCUUCUCUCCCAAAGAGUGGCCAUCCACCAAAGAUGACGCCAAGAGUUUAGCGCAAAAUACUGAGAGAGUUAAAAGAGAACCCUAAAGUGUCUACUAAAGACUUACAGAAAUCACUGGAACAGUCCAAUGUCUCUGUGCUCACAUCAAAUAUUUGUAAAACUAUGGCCAUGGAUGUUGUUCAUUGGAGGACCCCACGGGGGAAGCCACUGCUGUCUAAAACAACAUUGUUGCUCGUUUAAUGUUCGCCAAAAGGAACUUGGACACCACAGAAAAUUUGGCAAAAUAUUUUGUGGGCUAAUGAAACCAAAGUUGAAUUAUUUUGGAGUAACACACAACGUCAUGUGUGGAGGAAAAAUGGAACAGCUCACCAACAUCAACACCUCAUCCCCACUGUGAAUCAUGGUGGAGGGAGCAUCAUGAUUUGGGGCUGUUUUGCUACCUCAGGGCCUGGACAACUUGCAAUCAUUAAUGGAAGAAUGAAUUCAAAAGUUUUGCAGGAAAACCUGAGGCCGUCUGUCAGAAAGUUGAAGCUGAAAAGAGAAUGGAAGCUGCAACAAGACAACGAUCCAAAACACACACACACAGAGCAUUGUCUGUUUAGUUAAAGCAGACAGUUUUUUCUUCUGUGUGAUUUUGACAAAGAUCAGAUCACAUUUCAUGUUGAUUUUAUGCAGAAAUGUGAGAAAUUCCAAAAAGGUUCAGACACUUUUUCAUUCCACUGUAUUGUUAGAUUUCAAUCCUUAAUGCUGACAUGUUAGCCAUGUUAAAAUGAGGAUUGGAUCUUCCCAAAUUACAAUGUAGACCACUUGUUACAACUGCUAUAUUCCCUCACAAUCACACGUGUUAGUUCUCGUGGCUCUUUCUCCUAAUUGGUUUUCAGCAUGGCUCCUUAUACUCCCGUGUUCUGCAGUAAAACACAACUGAUUUUGUGAUCAGACUUACA